AUGGCCUUGCAGAACCAUUUCAAAGCUAUAGCGGAAGGUGAAGAGAUGUCGAUAGUAGACGAUGAAGAACUUGAACAAUAUGCCGCUGACUUGGAACGUAAUGGGCCUUUGGCUGGGGAAAACUUCAUGGAGCCACCGCCCCCACGAGAGGCAUUGAACGAUGCAUUCUGGGCUCUAGGCGAAGAGGACGAUGAUUUCACGCAGAUCCCUGAUGACGAUGACGAUUGGGAUCCCAGCAUGAUGACUAGUGUAGCAGAAAGUGAACUGGAGGUCCAUAGAGAGACUAGAGAGUAUACUCGAAUUGCUGCUUGGGAUUUGCCGUUACUUCUGCAAUACGCGAAGCCUUGGACGGUACCUGAUAUGAAAAAGCAACCUCUUCGCUUUCGAUAUACAACCUAUAUGGGCGAGACACACCCCGCGCAGAACAAAGUCGUCGUCGAAUUUACGACGAAAGAUUUAGCAAGUGCUACUUCUCUGUCCGAAGCACAACGUACAAAAUUGAUCAAAUUGGUUGGUGUGCGAUACAAUCCCGAUCGAGAUUCCGUCCGCAUUUCCUGCGAAAACUUCGAGAACGCGGCUCAGAACAAACGCUAUCUGGGAGACUUGGUACAGAAAUUGGUCAAGGAGGCGAAAGACAGUACUGAUACAUUCGAGGAUGUGCCACUAGAUUUUAGACAUCACAAACCACGCAAGGUUGCGAUUUUCCCAGAUAGUUGGAAAAUUGAUGGGCAACAGGGUGUGCAGAGCUUGACGGAAAGACGCGGAGCAACGAAACUGCUCGAGGAAGGGGAAGCGGCUACCGCGCAACAACAAAAGAAACCAGUCGACGGUAGGGAAAUGGUUGCUAUGUAUGUGGCUGCGAAGAGCAUGAUGCCCCAAGCACAGAGGUCGAAUGCAAUGAUGCGGUAG